CAUCGUAUCUUACCCUGCAGAAAAAAUAUCCAUAGCAGGAGUAAGAUCUCCAGAAUCGCAAAUUGUUUCAGAUAUAAGUGCACUGCUCUCAUUGGUGGAUCCCAAAUUAGUUGUAGUUGAAAAUCUUUCAGGAGCUAUAUAGCACGUUCUACGCCUAGAUGUGUCAAAGAAGUAAGAAUAAUCUCCUGCAAAAUAGCUGGUGAGUAUCAAGAGACCUAAUGGAAUUUAGCAAUAACCUGGAUUAUCAAUGGGCAAAAAUGUUGGCUUAAAAGACGCAAAAUCUACAAGCAUCACCCAAUUCCAGGAGGUAACUGUGAUGUUUUCUAAUUUAAUAUCGCCGUGACAAACUCCUACUUUAUGGCAUUGGUGCAAGGCGUAUAAUAUUUGGAAUGUAAUCCAUCUGAAAAUAAAAAUUCAAUAAAGGUACCAUUCUACUGGAAAAAUUUGAGAGGAGGCAAUACCUACAAGUUGAUUACCCAUUUUAAUACUUAAAACUUGAUUUUCUUUAAGAAAACUACUCAAUCAUUUUGUUUUUAGAAGGAAAUUGUAAUAUUUUUAUAAAAUACCAAAAUCAAAAUAAAUAAACAAUGACUGAAAUUGACCCACAUGACAACAUGGCAUUUUGAAUUGACAACUUUGCAUCUUUUUCUUUCAACAUGUAAAAGACAAAGAUACAAAUACAUUUUUUACUAAUGACGUAGCACAUAACCUUAUAUUUUGUCCUCAUGAAAACAUAACCCUACUUUAUUUUCCAAAGAAAAAGUGCGUUUCUCUUUAAAUUUAUUUUACAAUUUAUCUAUUAUUAAUGUUAUUUAACAAUACAAUAUGCUACCGCAAACAAAACUCCGUGCCAUAUCGUGUACGCUCAGUACCGUGCUACAACAUUCCUUAAAAAUUUCAAACGAAUCAAAAUUCCUAAGAUCUUUGAACUAUGUACAAACAAGAGGCAAAAGGGGCUCCAGUAAAGACGUAUCCUCUUUAUUUGUGCCAGUUCAAGUGAAACAUAAUCCUGACGAUAUAAAUGUAGGAGCAGAACUCACAGGUAGCUUAAAUAAGGCUGAUCUUUUAAAGGUUUUAAACAAGUUUUAUCAGAAUGCUGCCAUCAAACAGUUACUGACCGAAAAUGGACUGGACCAAUACCUACAACACCAAGCCUAUGUUAGUUUCCGUAGGUAUUGCCUAGAAGCAGCCACUUUACCGGUAGACCUACACAUAUGCGUCAGCGAUAUAUUACAAGGAGCUGGAAAUCACACUGAUGUAUUUCCAUAUUUUUUAAGGCACGCCAAACAAAUGUUUCCUCAUUUAGAAUGCAUGGACGAUUUAAAGAAAAUUUCUGACUUGAGGUCUCCAGCCAAUUGGUAUCCGGAAGCCAGAUCUAUUAAUAGGAAAAUUAUUUUCCAUGCAGGUCCUACGAAUUCUGGCAAAACUUACCAUGCCUUGGAAAGAUAUAUUACGGCUAAAUCUGGAGUUUAUUGCGGGCCCCUUAAGCUUUUAGCAUCUGAAGUCUACAAUAAGAGCAACCAAAGAGGCACUCCUUGUGAUCUUGUUACUGGGGAAGAAAGAAAGUUUGCCGAUCCACUAGGAAGUCCUUCAGCUCAUGUAGCUUGCACUGUAGAAAUGACUUCAGUAACUACUCCAUAUGAAGUAGCUGUAAUAGAUGAAAUUCAAAUGAUUAAAGAUCCACAACGAGGCUGGGCCUGGACUCGUGCCUUGCUUGGUUUAAAAGCAGAAGAAAUUCACUUGUGUGGUGAAGUGGGCACUGUGGAUUUAAUUAGUCAAUUAUGUCUUACCACUGGUGAAGACAUUGAAAUUAGGAAUUAUAAAAGAUUGACUGAAUUACAAGUUGAAGAUAGGGCAUUGGGAAGCUUGGCAAAUGUACAGCCAGGUGACUGUAUAGUUUGUUUCAGUAAAAACGACAUUUACUCAGUAUCUAGAGGUAUAGAAGGCAGCGGCAAAGAAGUAGCUGUUAUUUAUGGUGGUUUACCGCCAGGUACUAAACUGGCACAAGCUGCGAAAUUCAACGAUCCUGAAAAUAGUUGUAAAAUAUUAGUUGCAACAGAUGCUAUUGGAAUGGGACUGAAUUUGAGCAUAAGAAGAGUAAUUUUCUAUUCCCUAAUCAAACCCAUCAUGAAUGAAAAAGGUGAAAAAGAGAUGGACACAAUUUCGGUAUCACAAGCCUUACAAAUUGCUGGACGUGCUGGUAGGUAUGGUACUCAAUGGGAACAAGGAUUUGUAACAACAUUCAAAACAGAAGAUCUUCCAACUCUUAAAAGCUUAUUAUCCUCACAGCCAGAGCCCAUAACACAAGCUGGCUUACACCCAACAGCCGAACAAAUCGAAUUAUAUGCCUACCACUUACCUAAUUCUACUUUAAGUAACUUAAUGGACAUCUUUGUGAAUCUAUCCACUGUAGAUAAUUCUUUGUAUUUCAUGUGCAAUAUUGAAGAUUUCAAAUUUUUGGCCGACAUGAUACAGCACGUGCCUUUACCUUUGAGAGCCAGAUACAUAUUUUGUUGUUCACCGAUUAAUAAAAAAAUGCCUUUUGUUUGUACAAUGUUUCUUAAGUUCACAAGACAAUUUAGUAAAAACGAACCAAUCACAUUUGAUUGGCUGUGCAGAUCUAUUGGUUGGCCCCUUCAACCUCCAAGGACCAUUAUAGAUUUGGUACAUUUAGAAGCUGUUUUUGAUGUUUUGGAUUUAUAUUUAUGGUUGAGCUAUCGUUUUAUGGAUUUAUUCAACGAACCAAAUCUAAUAAGGGACAUGCAAAAAGAGUUAGAUCAAAUUAUUCAGCAAGGGGUAGUUCAAUUGACUCGUUUGCUGAGGAAUUCUGAAACUGGAAUCAGUUCUGGGACUUCAGGUGCAGAUGACGAACAAUUUGAUAGUAAUACCAAGAAGCAAAAUUAUUUGAGAAAUCAAUCUUUGUCAGCUAUAGGAAGGGGCAGGUUAACAGAACGACUUCUAGCACAAGGUAUUUUGACGCCUACGAUGUUGAGUGAACUGAAAAAGGAGUGGAACAAAAAUCAAGAUGAUCCUGAAGACGACGACGAUCCACCAAAACGAGCGAUGAGAAGAAAAAGGAAAACAAAGUAGUAGUUUAUUAGGCAAUUUAAAUGCUCUAAUUGAAUAAAUAAAGUCUUGAAGAUCAAGUGCAUGAUGGAGUUUGACUUCUUUAUGAUGCCAGUGAUAUGGUUUUUCCAUUUCAAUAACAACAAUUCCCAAAGCAUUUUAUUUAGCAAACAGAGUACCCGGGAAUAUUGAAUACUCUUUUUUUCUCUACCCUGCUGUUGAUUUUGGGGAAUUUUCCUACUUUUUAGUCUUGACAUUCAAACUUUUCAUUCGAUUGAGAGUUUAGACGGAAAAUUGCCAAUACUAAUUAUUUUAAGGGUAUCUAAUUAAAACUCACUAGUUAUAGAAGUUGUAAAUUGAUUUCUCUAUUAAAUAAUUUACAUCAUUACAACAUAAACCAAAAAAAAGCCAUAUUGUGUCGAAUCUACAACAAACCUACAGAGUAUUGCAAAAAGUGCCUGUUAAAAAAAAAUUAAAGCUAAACAUGUAGGAUCAAAACAAUAUAGCUUCUUAUUUGAUAACUUUCUAGGAAGUUCACAUUGAUGGAAGGAACAGUAAAAUAAAGUUCCACAAAUUACAUUGGAUAAUUGAAAAAAUAUACUUUUCGAAAACCUAAAAUAAAUCUGUUCAAAAUGUAUAAAGCAAAUGUUUUUGUGUGUGUUUGAAGGCCCGGCACGGGUAUAAAAAUACAAAAUAACUUAAAUAACACAACAAUCUACAAUUCAGUCUUAACAUCCUUGGGAUUACCGCUUCUAUCCCAACCCUUCAAUUCAUUGGUUGCUUCUUUAGCAAUGUAUUUCACGAAAUCAUCUACUUCACGUCCACCC